AUGGGGAGAGGACAGCGAGGAUCCUCUAGAGGGUAUUCUAAUUUAGUGAAGAUGUCAACAUUCCAGGAAUUUCGUAGCAGGAAACACAGUGCUGUCUACCCAAAGAAUGACUCUGGUAGUAGAGGGUCUGACUACAUCUGGGACCCACUGCACAAUAAUAAUCAUACAGUAGGCCAGGUGGUGUCACUGUGGGUAAAGCACGGAGAUGGCACCCGGGAAAUACUUGUUAAUGAAGAUCACAUUCAUGAUAUUAUUCAGUGUCGGAUGUGCCACCUCCAGUUUCCAGGAGAGAAAUGCUCCCGAGGCAGAGGAGUGUGCAUCGCAACAAAAUAUGAGAGCUGCACAGUUGGGAAUAUUCUCAACAAUAAUGGUACUCUCUGGCUAACUUUCAUGGGCUGCCUAAAGAACUGUGCUAAUGUGGAUAAUAUAAAAUGGAAUGUCUACUUUGUAACAUUUCGGUGCUGCAGGGAUUAUGACUUCUGCAAUGAAUUCCUCUAGAAAUUGCCAUCUCUUCUGUGGCUCCAAUCUUUGGAUGAUAUUUCUUGGCCUCCUCACAGUGAACUCCUUAAAAAACAUUUCCAGUU